UCGCCCUGUGUAGGAAUGUACAGAAUCGGUCACACUGGUUAAUGAGUGUCAGAGACUUUCACUUUCACUUCUCUCUUCUGCUGCCAGCGAUGGCGUCUGCUGAUCUGAGGAAGGAGCUGGAAUGUUCCGUCUGUCUGAGCAACUAUACAGAUCCUGUAACCCUGAAAUGUGGACACAAUUUCUGCCGGGACUGUAUUGGUCGUGUGCUGGAUACACAGGAGGCGUCUGGAGGUUAUUCCUGUCCUGAAUGCAGAGAGAAGUUCCAGAAGCGGCCUGCACUGCACAGGAACAUAACACUGCGUAACAUAGUGGAGAAUUUCCUGUCUGCUCAGCCAGAUCAGGAGGAGUCCGGAGUCUUCUGUACUUAUUGUAUUCACGCUCCUGUACCUGCUGUGAAGUCCUGUCUGCAUUGUGAAGCUUCUCUGUGUGACAACCACCUGAGAGUCCACAGCAAGUCACCAGAACACGUCUUAUGUGACCUCACCACUUCCCCGCAGAACAGGAAAUGCUCCGUCCAUAAGGAACUACUGAAGUAUUACUGUACUGAGGACUCUGCCUGUAUCUGUGUGUCCUGUUGUCUGAUUGGAGGACAUAAAGGACAUGAGAUGGAGUCACUGGAUGAGGCCUCUGAGAAGAAGAAGGAGACACUAAGAAAUGUUCUCCAGAAACUGUUGACAGAGAAAGAGGAGAUGGAGGAAAGAGUCCAGAGUCUGAAGGAACACAAGAGGAAAGUAUAAGGAAAAGCGGCCGGUGACACAGUGGGAGUCACUGCCCUGUUCAGAGAGCUCAGGAGACAUCUGGAGAACCUGGAGAAGAGAGUCCUGAGUGAGACCUCCGAGGAGGAAAAGCGGAUCUCCCUCCGCGUGUCGGAGAUGAUCCGGAAACUGGAAAUAAAGAAGGACGAGCUGUCCAGGAAGAUGCGUCACAUUGAGGAGCUGUGUAGCAUGACGGACCCACUGACUGUCUUACAGGAAUCAGACACAGGGGACUUGUGUCAUACUGGGGAGGGAGAUGAUGAGGACAGAGAGAGACAUGAUAGACUCCUCAAUGAUGGACGGGGUCUGGAUGUGGCUGGAAUCUCACACACAUUGCACAUGUUAUCUGAUAUAAUAACAGGGAUAAAUGUAUUCUUCUAUAUACAGGAAACUGAAGACAUAUUACUGGAUGUGAGCACAGCUAGUAAUCUUCUACAGAUAUCACAUGACAGGAAAACUGCAUCCUCGUCAUCAAAUCAGAAUCGUCCAAAAACUCAAGAGAGAUUUCAGUAUUAUCCUCAGGUGUUGAGCAGUCAGAGUUUCUCCUCAGGGCGACAUUACUGGGAAGUGGAUGUCGGGGGGUCAGAGUCCUGGAGAGUCGGGAUGUGUUACCCCAGUAUGGAGAGGAGAGGAGAUCAGUCAGCGAUUGGAGAUAAUAAGAAGUCCUGGAGUUUGGGGAGGUGGGUGGGGUGCGGGGGCGGUAUCCAUUACUCAGUGAUACAUGACAGUAAGAAGAUCCUAUUACCCGGCAAGGACUCCAGUAACAGAGUCAGGAUCUACCUGGAUUAUGAGGCCGGACGGAUCUCCUUUUAUGAUUUGUGUGACCAUUUCCGACACCUCCACACCUUCACCACCACCUUCACUGAGCCCCUCCAUGCCGGGUUAGGUGUAUACAGAACUUGUAUAAAGAUAUCUGGGGGGCAUCAGAUGAUUCCUAUGAAUACGAGUCUCAGCCUCGCCCUGUGUAGGAAUGUACAGAAUCGGUCACACUGGUUAAUGAGUGUCAGAGACUUUCACUUUCACUUCUCUCUUCUGCUGCCAGCGAUGGCGUCUGCUGAUCUGAGGAAGGAGCUGGAAUGUUCCGUCUGUCUGAGCAACUAUACAGAUCCUGUAACCCUGAAAUGUGGACACAAUUUCUGCCGGGACUGUAUUGGUCGUGUGCUGGAUACACAGGAGGCGUCUGGAGGUUAUUCCUGUCCUGAAUGCAGAGAGAAGUUCCAGAAGCGGCCUGCACUGCACAGGAACAUAACACUGCGUAACAUAGUGGAGAAUUUCCUGUCUGCUCAGCCAGAUCAGGAGGAGUCCGGAGUCUUCUGUACUUAUUGUAUUCACGCUCCUGUACCUGCUGUGAAGUCCUGUCUGCAUUGUGAAGCUUCUCUGUGUGACAACCACCUGAGAGUCCACAGCAAGUCACCAGAACACGUCUUAUGUGACCUCACCACUUCCCCGCAGAACAGGAAAUGCUCCGUCCAUAAGGAACUACUGAAGUAUUACUGCACUGAGGACUCUGCCUGUAUCUGUGUGUCCUGUUGUCUGAUUGGAGGACAUAAAGGACAUGAGAUGGAGUCACUGGAUGAGGCCUCUGAGAAGAAGAAGGAGACACUAAGAAAUGUUCUCCAGAAACUGUUGACAGAGAAAGAGGAGAUGGAGGAAAGAGUCCAGAGUCUGAAGGAACACAAGAGGAAAGUAUAAGGAAAAGCGGCCGGUGACACAGUGGGAGUCACUGCCCUGUUCAGAGAGCUCAGGAGACAUCUGGAGAACCUGGAGAAGAGAGUCCUGAGUGAGACCUCCGAGGAGGAAAAGCGGAUCUCCCUCCGCGUGUCGGAGAUGAUCCGGAAACUGGAAAUAAAGAAGGACGAGCUGUCCAGGAAGAUGCGUCACAUUGAGGAGCUGUGUAGCAUGACGGACCCACUGACUGUCUUACAGGAAUCAGACACAGGGGACUUGUGUCAUACUGGGGAGGGAGAUGAUGAGGACAGAGAGAGACAUGAUAGACUCCUCAAUGAUGGACGGGGUCUGGAUGUGGCUGGAAUCUCACACACAUUGCACAUGUUAUCUGAUAUAAUAACAGGGAUAAAUGUAUUCUUCUAUAUACAGGAAACUGAAGACAUAUUACUGGAUGUGAGCACAGCUAGUAAUCUUCUACAGAUAUCACAUGACAGGAAAACUGCAUCCUCGUCAUCAAAUCAGAAUCGUCCAAAAACUCAAGAGAGAUUUCAGUAUUAUCCUCAGGUGUUGAGCAGUCAGAGUUUCUCCUCAGGGCGACAUUACUGGGAAGUGGAUGUCGGGGGGUCAGAGUCCUGGAGAGUCGGGAUGUGUUACCCCAGUAUGGAGAGGAGAGGAGAUCAGUCAGCGAUUGGAGAUAAUAAGAAGUCCUGGAGUUUGGGGAGGUGGGUGGGGUGCGGGGGCGGUAUCCAUUACUCAGUGAUACAUGACAGUAAGAAGAUCCUAUUACCCGGCAAGGACUCCAGUAACAGAGUCAGGAUCUACCUGGAUUAUGAGGCCGGACGGAUCUCCUUUUAUGAUUUGUGUGACCAUUUCCGACACCUCCACACCUUCACCACCACCUUCACUGAGCCCCUCCAUGCCGGGUUAGGUGUAUACAGAACUUGUAUAAAGAUAUCUGGGGGGCAUCAGAUGUGA